AUGACUACCAUCACCGACGCAAUCCUCAAGGACCAUGAAGAAAUCAGGCAAUACGCGGACAAAAUCCGUCAGGCUACGGAUGAUGACACACGAGCACGCUGGCAAAACCAAUUUACGUGGGAAUUGGCUCGUCACUCCAUCGGAGAGGAAUUGGUAGUCUAUCCUGCGUUUGCAAAAUACCUUGGUAUGCAAGGUCAGAAGAUGGCCGAUGAAGAUCGUGCUGAACAUCAAACUGUCAAGGAAGCCCUCUACAAAUUCCAGAAACUUGAACCAUCAAAUGAGGACCUGAUUCCUACGCUCGAUGCACUCAUGAAAAAUCUCAAUGAGCACAUUAAAGGCGAGGAAAGCAAUGAUCUCCCCGCUCUCGAAUCGGCCCUUGAUAACAACGAAUCCCAAGCUAUAGCUAAAUCUUUUGGUCGCAGCAAGGCAUUUGUUCCUAGCCGUAGCCAUCCCAGUGCUCCCAGCAAACCACCCUUUGAAACGGUUGUUGGAUUACUGACGGCGCCAAUUGAUCACUUGGGAGAUAUGUUUAGAAAGUUUCCAGAUAAUACUAUUAGUCCUAAUCCUAGUACGAAGUGA